CACCUUAUCUUUCCCCUCAACUCAACGCCCCCUUCACACCUUGUCACCAGUCACCACCCCCAGAUCUAAGACUUCUAACUCCACUGCAGUGUAUAGUGUAUACAACAAAAUCUCCUCCACCAGCUCUGCACAUACUACGCACACUGCACAGGCCUAAAAACACCAGACUAUUCAAUCAAGCAAGGGUGACGUUUGGGAACUGGGAUGGUGGAGGCACAGUCAUGGACAACAAGGAGGGGAAGCAACCCAAGAUUGGAGUCCACAGACCAAGUCCUGGAUAUCCCAGUUACGCCAACUGCUGAAAUAAAACAUCAACAGGGGGUGGGAUCCUUAAUCUCUCCAAAUUUGCUGACAGCACUUAUCAUUGCAUCAUGGUACUUGUCAAACAUUGGUGUACUUUUACUGAACAAAUAUCUCCUCAGCUUUUAUGGUUACCGUUACCCAAUCUUCCUUACCAUGCUGCACAUGAUCUCUUGUGCUUCUUAUAGCUUUGUAGCCAUCAGGUGGCUAGAAAUUGUCCCUUUUCAGCAAAUUCAUAGUAGGAAGCAGUUUUUCAAGAUUCUUGCUUUAUCUGCUAUUUUUUGCUUUUCUGUUGUCUGUGGGAAUACUUCUUUGAGGUACUUGCCUGUCUCGUUCAACCAAGCAAUUGGUGCCACUACCCCUUUCUUCACAGCCAUUUUUGCAUUUGUGAUUACUUGUAAAAAGGAAUCUGCUGAGGUUUAUUUAGCACUUGUCCCUGUGGUUCUUGGGAUUGUUUUGGCUAGCAAUAGCGAGCCCUUGUUUCAUCUUUUUGGGUUUUUAAUGGCAUUAGGUUCCACUGCUGGGAGAGCCUUGAAGUCUGUGGUUCAAGGGUUGUUGUUAACGUCUGAUGCUGAGAAAUUGCACUCGAUGAAUCUCUUGUUGUACAUGGCUCCGAUGGCAGCUAUGAUUUUGUUACCCUUUACUUUGUAUAUUGAGGGGAACGUGACUGCCGUGACAAUUGAGAAGGCGAGGCUCGAUGGGUUUAUGAUCUUUUUGUUGGUUGCCAAUGCCACUGUGGCUUAUUUGGUGAAUUUGACUAACUUCUUGGUGACAAAGCAUACUAGUGCUUUGACUUUGCAAGUGUUGGGGAAUGCCAAGGCUGCUGUGGCUGCUGUGGUUUCAGUCUUGAUAUUCAGGAAUCCGGUGACCGUUAUGGGGAUGACCGGAUUUGCUGUGACACUAAUGGGGGUGGUGCUUUACAGUGAGGCCAAGAAGAGGUCUAAACUUACAGCUCAUUGAUAGCAAAUAUCAGCUAGUUGGUGGUGGUGCCGGCACAAGAAUACACGGGCCAAUGCUACAUGCUUAACUGUUCUAAGCUGAAGGAGAAGGUACCCAGUCUCUUAAUAGGUCGCAAGGAUAGUCCCAAAGUUGGGUCUGAAUUCUUCUGCUUUUGAUCUGGAUUAGCAAGUAAUAUACAUCUCUCAACUACUGUUAUGAUUUUGCUCUCAUGUCAUGGGAGUUGGGAAUUCUUUUUGAUAUCAGCUGUUGCUCUGUCGACUACAAGUUAGGAGUGGGACCAUUUCCACAUGGAGAAAGCAACUUAGCACUUACGACACUAAUUGGUGGUUGAGACUUCUUUUUCAGCAUAGCUAGCUCAGCUUAAUGAUAAUCUUGUGAAUAGUUAACGUAGUUGCAGACAGAAGUAAGAUUUUAGGAAGACAGGUCUAAGCACUUUUCAUGCAACCAUUUUGCAGUUUGUAGGAAAAGGAAAGCAUAUUUACUAGAAAGUUAACAUGCUACUAUAUUAAUUUCCUUUUAAAUGGUAGUAUGUUUUUAG